AUGGAUUUCAAAAUCAGACUUAUUAGAGAAGAGGAGGAAGAAGAGGUUUAUGGCUACUGGAAAGAUGGAAUUUUGAAUGAUCACAAAAGAGAAUCGAUUCAGUAUUUCACGAAGCUACUGUCAGUCAGAAGCAUUUUCGUUAUAACAGGAUUCGUGAUCCCCUUUGUCUGUGGCUGCAAAUUGAUUGGAACACUACUGUCAUUGUUCCUGUAUUACGUUUUGGUUAAAAUCUCAGCGAAGUUGGGCAAAGACCAGAUUCAAAUUCGCGAUGACAUGCGGAGUAUAAUCAAAAGCUAUCCAGGAAGGUUUUUUGUCGUGGAGGACUCAACAAGUGCCAACAAGGAGAUUUGUGCUUUCAUCGCGAUAAGACCUAAAUUUAUAGAUGGUAGCCUGUUCAAUGAGAUCCUUUCUUUCAGUGUUUGCCCUGGUUACCGAAGAAGAGGGCUUGGCAGGUUGCUGCUAAAACAUGUCUUUUCAUUAUCCUCUUGUUCCGAUCGCGGGGUGUACCUGUCAACCACGUGUAUGCAAGAAGCAGCACUGAAUUUAUACCGAAAAAUGGGUUUCUCCGAGACGAUGGUAGAUUGGACUGAUUGGGUACAAGUUCAGACUAUCAUCAGCUACUUUAUCUGCAAAUACAUUCUCGUCCUGCGAAUUCAUCAAUUCAUCCUGCCUCUACAAAAACUGCGAUUGCAUUAUUCUUUCGACUAA